CUCCCUGGGUGAACGCCGAUCGCUGUCGAGCCCAUCCAUCAUCGCCGCACAUCGUCGCCGGAAGUGAUCAUCGCGCGCGCACUAGGAAGAGCGCCGAGGAUGAGGGCCCGGCUAGUCUUGCUGGGAGUCCUGCUCGUCUGCACGAGUAUUCGGUAUGCCGAGAGCAGGUCGAAGAAGACGACGCAGCUGUCGCUGCAGAGCAAGGAGACCAACGUGGUGAACUUCAUGCGACUGCUGGUGAUGAGAUUAGUCUUCGGGGUGGCCACAGCGAUGGGGCUGGGUGAGAAUCUGUCGGGUGUGCUGGGAGGUAUUUUCGUGCCGCCCGGCGCCGAGGACUACAGCGAUUACGGCGACGAUGUCGAGCUCGUACCUGAUCUGUUCUGAAAUAGAUACCUCUUAGCGUUGAUCGCGUUUUAGGAUCUUCGUCCGAAUGAGAAGCGCGCGCCUUCGAAUCGACCUCCCCGUUUUUCUCCUCCUUGGUUGAAAUUAUGAGGUACGAUGAUCUCGUUAGUUCCGCGUCUCGGAGAAUGCCUGGAUCCGCGGUACCAAACGAGGACGAAUCGGACGAAGUAGAUGAAAAUUGACCUAUGUGCAUGCGAGCGCGGCUUGUACAUGUUCACCUUCGCGUACGUUCGUGCGCGUAUACGUACGCCACGGCGGCUCUGAUGUGUUCUAUUGUUUCAUAGUAAGUAUAUCUAAAACAAAUUUUAUGUGGCUUUAUGUGCCGUGCGAUUCACGUGCGAUUAGGUGGCGUGUAAAAAUUAGAAAGAAAGUCGGAAAUUUGCAUAAGUAGUUUGACGGGUUUCGCACAAAAACGGAUAACUUGAAGAAAGUGUGGCUUAUCGAGUAUCCUCGAUCCUGCCACGAUAACGGAACGAACGAGGGGCGUUCCGUUAACUUUGAGUCCGUGUUGGUACGAUAAGUUAUCGAUAUGAACACGAUCGGUAUCGUACGUGUGGGAGACCCGCGAAUUGGAAGAGAUGUUCACUCGUAAACGCGCUGAUUGGAUUGCGACUCAGCCACGUGCGCGUGUCCGUAACUCAAUCCCACGCGCGCGAGGUUAUAUUUCUUUUUUCUAAAUGGUUUUCCGUACCGUUAUUCGUAAUUUCGGUAGAGUUAAUGGACGCGCAUCGGUUACCACGGACGAAGAUAUGCCAGCGAAUCGCUCGCUUCCGCUUUCUAUUUAACCUGUAUUAAGUGAACGUAACUAUCAACUCCAUCAGUUCUGGUCCAGUAGGAUCAGCGUUUGCUGAUCGCGAAUUGGAAAUCCCCGCGUAAACACACGUUUCUAUCUUGAGAGCGAUCAAGAGCAAUUUUGCGAACCUACAGCGAUCGGGUCGCUCACAUUGUCGGUGUAUUUGAUGCUUUAAAAAUGAAUUCGAAUGUGUAACUUGGACUUACGCUCUCGGAAUGAUUGACUGAAAUAUACGGCAAAAAUGAAUGGUGUAUUACGCAGGCAAACAUCAAUUUUUAUCUCCAGACUGUAGGCGAUCCUCAAGGUUUUUGGCGCGCUGAAACCAAACAUGUUAUGAAAAAAUGCUCUAUUACGUCAGAUUUCCAAGAUAUUUCAACCUAAAAAGUGCCAAAAAGCCAUUUUAUCACUUUCAGAUUGAAAUAAAUUUGAAACGAAAAGACCGAUUUAGUUAUCGUAUUCAAAUUCAGUAUGAAAAAAUAUCAAAAUCACUUUUUAAUACAACUCAAUAAAUACAACAAUACUGUAUAUUUUUCUCAAUCCUUUUUAUAUGUGACUUCAAAUAGUAAUUUUGUAUACAUGAUUCAUGAUACUUAAAAUUUCAAUAAUAUAAUACAUUAAAAGUUAAAUAAGUAUAAUUUUAGAUGUUUUAGUUUUUAUAUAAAUAAACAUUUUAAAUCGAGAACUAUGAUGUUCCUAUCAACGUGUGUUAAAGGAUAUAAAAAGUUUAGCGCAGAUAUAUGGAGUAUUUGUUUUUUAAUUUAUUGAACGUAACAAUCGACUUUAGUAGAUUUUUUCAUGCUAAACUCAAAUCCGUUCACUAAAUUGGCCUAUCACUUCUCAUUUCAGACUUAUUCUAACUUAAAAAUGACAAAAAUGGCUCUUUUAGUACUUUUAGAUCAAAAUAUCUCGCAAAACUGACGUGAUAGAGCAGUUUGGGCAACAGAUUUUAGAAUGCUAAAAACCUUCAAGAUCAUCUAUAGAGAUCUGGGGAUCAGAGCAAAAGUCAAAAUUUGUCUGUGUUAUUAUCGAAUUAUAAACAACCUGUGUUAUUAUCGAAGUUAGAACACGAGCUUGGAAUCACGGAGAAACGUCUUGAAUACCGUUAAAUGAAACGGAAAGCGGCGUUAUCAUUAUCUCCACGGAAUAUUUAUCUAUUUAACGUACUUCUAAGGAAUAAUAAUAAUUUUAAUUUAUUAUCGCGCAUCUCACAAAUGGAAGGAAACGAAGCAUCGUUAUAUCAAAUUGCACCUCGUGCCCAUUGUUUCGGCGAUGACAGCUGGCGGAUUCAAUUGCAAUUUGUGUGUAUCGAUUUUUCGACACGAUUCCGAAUGUAUCUGUCCGAUACCGUCGAUCCUCUCAUCGAAACCCUUUCAUGACUCGAACGGGAGAAAGCUAAAAGUCAAUCUUUCGACUAGUUUUCGGUAGCAUCGCGUAGUUUUAGUUUGUCAUGUGUAUCUAACUAUUAAUCGCGCAACGAGCGUAAGUUACAUUUGCAUCGCGCUCUCUUUUGUAACAAAAGAUAACAAACUUAUAAAAAAAAUGUCGACAAUAAAUUAUUUAUUUAUUUUGAUUUUGUCACUCUUUGUGCGAUUACAUCAGAAAUCACGUAACAAGCGUAAGUUGUAUUUGUAUCGCGCUCUCUUUUGUAACAAAAGACAACAAAUUUAUAAAAAAAAAUGUCGACAAUAAAUUAUUUAUCUAUUUUGA